AUGAAUUCGGCUCUACUCCUGAGCUGUGGUGUCCUCGUCGCGCUUAUAGCACUGACACAAACUCGCGAUUUGCGAGAAAAGCGCGACGCUGAUCUUGAAUCCGCCGCGUCUCAUCAUCACGAAAAGGGUGGAGGCAAAGACUUCCAUGCCCAUCAUCAUCACGACCACGGUGGCAAAGGACACAAGGGUUACAAAGGGCAUCAUCACCAUGAACAUGGCAAAAAGGGACAUCAUCACCACGACGGCCACAAAGGCCACCACGACGACCACGGGGGACACAAGAAGCAUCACCACCACGAUGAAGGCCAUCAUGACGAGCACCACCACGGUGAAAAAGGGGAGAAGGGGCAUGGCUUCGAAGAGAAGGGCCAUUACCAUAAGGGACACUCAACGAAAGGCCAUCAUGGAGUUCAUAAGGUAGAUGAGUUCAAGAAGGAUAAGCACUUCCACCACAAACACGGGGAGUCUGGAUAUGAAGAAGGCCAUGGUGGACACCAUCAUGAGCAUGGACACAAGAAGGGAGGUCACUUCCAUAAUGGACACAAACAUGACGGCCACCACGAGCACCACCAUGGAAAGAAGGGACAUCACGAGAAAGGCGGACAUCAUCACGAGCACAAGGGCCACCAUGAUGAAGGCGGUCACCAUGAACAUCAUCACCACCACCAUGGUCAUGGAAAGAAGGACGGACACGAAGACCACAAGCACUGGGGCUUUAAGAAAGGACAUUAA